UUAUUGAUGUAAUUAUUCUUGUGACCUGUUAGAAAUCGUCUUAGAGUUUCUUAACAAUGGGCAUUGUAACUAUUUAUGUUAUCUUCUGCCGUCCAGAUGUGUGUCGGGAAGCAAAACUAAACUAAAUAACGCGACAAGAAUAAACAGAUACGUUAAAUUCAAAUCUAUCAUCGUAGUACUCAUUUAUUGGGUGUGGUAAUUGAACCCGUGACCUCCGAACGGAAGAGAUAAAUCGCCUCCACGACAAUUGUGUCGACUCUAACACUAGUACAAGCAAUGUUUUUAAAUUUUAACCAAAGGACCGUAACUUGGUGCAGCAAUAAAGUUAGAAUGCUUUAUUAAUGUUGUAUUUAAACUUAGGUCAAAGUUUAAAAAUAGUUGCAGUAAUUAACAACAAUACAAAUAAACAUCCUUAUAUUCACAGCAAAAAAUAACCUGAAGAUACUCGAACUGGUUUGACUGACAAUUAAAUAAUUAUAAUUAAUUAGUCAACGCUCUGAAGUACUCGUAGAUAUGUAAACAAUGUUAUUUCUACAGUAGUUUACAACAAUUAACCAGCUAAACACUACCAAUUUAAUGUGUCGAAUAGAAUGUUAUUAAUUUGGUGUGAGCCUGUGAAGUACGCGUUGUCUCCCGCCACCGGACCAACCGUUUUGGGCCAGUCGCGAAACACACCGCAACCAUGUCGGACGCAGAGAUCGAAUUACGUAAAAUACUCGGAAAUGUUACCAAACAACUAAACUAUACAGAUGCAGAAAUAUCCAUCAAGGAUUUGAGUAGUGGCGGAGCUAACUAUACGUCGGUGUUGUUCUCCGUGACCAUCACGAGCCCUGGCCGCGAGCCCUUGAAACUGUUCGCCAAAGUGGCCAGCGCCAGCGAGCAGCUCCGGAAAGCGAUUCACAUCGAUCAUCUGUUCAGCAACGAACAGCUGAUGUACAAUCACCUGGUCGAUAUGUUUGAGAAAAUACAAGACAAAUACAACUUGAGCCCGGAGCAUCGCUACGUGUUCCCAAAAUUCUUUGGAGGUCAAUCCACAUACGGUAAGGAAUGUGUCGUGAUGGAGGACCUGACGCAGAGUGGCUACUCCAUGUACAGCAGGUUUAAGUCCCUGGACUUCAAGCACGCCGCCGCCGCCGUGGAGGUCCUGGCUAGCUUCCACGCGCUCUCCUUCGCAUUCCAACACGAGGAUCCUGAACAAUUUGCUAAAGUAGCGGACAAAGUGAAACAUGUCAAACAUCCUGAAAAUCCGGGUAUGAAGGGGACCUUCAUGAAAAUUCUGGGGUCGGCCAUCGAAGCUACCAGGGCUGAGCAUAAAGAGAAAAUGUUGAAGUUUUUUGAUGAACAGUACCUGGAUGAGUUCAACAAGUUUAGGAUGCCGCUGGGCACGACCGUGCUGUGCCACGGCGACUACAGAGCCAGCAACCUGCUGUUCAGGACACAGAAUGGACGCAUCGAGCCAAUCGUUGUGGACUACCAGACGCUGCACACCGGCUGCCCAGCGGUGGACGUCUUGUACUUGGAGUUCAUGAGCACAGACGAGGAGUUCCGCAGGGAGCACCACGAGGCGCUGGUGGACCACUACUUCCAGGAGUUCACGGCCGCGCUGGACAGGCUCGGCCUGGAUGUCAACCAGGUGUAUCCCAGGGAGACUUUCGACAAGGAGUUUCGAGAGAUGCUAGGCCCUGCACUCCGCACCGCGUCUGUGGUGCUCCCGCUGGUGCUGGUGGAGGAGAGCCAGGCUCCCACGAUGAGCACCGCGUCCGGCGUGGAGAGCUUCGCCGUCUCACCCAACGAGCGCUUCGCCGAGCGCUUUGGCGGCGUCGUCAGCGACUGCGUGCGGUGGGGGGUACUCUAACACACAGUUGACGGUAUACGGCAUUUUGUAGCAUAGAAAUAAGGUUGAAAUUCAACUGUUUGUUUUAUAGUUAUACCGCGGUAUUUGUUUGUUUGUUCUUGCAAUUGCCAUGGUUACGUAAGGUAGAUGAAGAAUAAACCGAGAGAAAAUCUGUUAGUCUAGCCGGAUGGUUCUUAGUGCUGUUCUAUUUUAAAACUUAAUAUUUGUGGAAUUUCAGAAAUGAAAUUUAUGGUUAUUAAUAAAAUAAUUACCUCAAUGUGUGUUGUGUAGGUCCAUAACAUUUUAGUCUGCGUUUCUGCCAGAAAUGUGUUGGACUAUUGCAACUGCAACUGUUUUUAGCAUGUGUUAUUGUAUGUAUAUAUUAAUUAUGGACCUAUUUUAUUACUGUUUUGUAUUCUUAGAUAAAUUGAUAAA